AUGCCAAUUGGGCAGCCAAAUUCCGGCCUGGAGAGUCCUCCGCAUGCCCCUCCUCAAAUUCAACCCAAUUCAAACCCAAGCCCAACGGGCAAUGAAUCGUUUCCAGAGAUUGGGGAUUCACCGCCCGUCUCGGGUCGAUCAUCUUGCGAUUAUGGAAGGACCUAUUCAACGCCAGCGACCGGCGCCCAAACGCCGGAUCCCCUCUUGGGUAAUGUCAGCGUGCUCGAUAAGCAGGCAUUGAAAGUAUCACAGACCAUCAAAAGUCUUGGCCACCAUGGGGAGGACGGACACGAACUGGAAACCCUCGGCCAUCGCUUAACCAACCGAAAGCCCUCAGUAUCCAGGAAUCGGGACGAAGCCGAUGAGUCGGCAUCACCAACCCGAAAGAAACAAGGGAUUCCGCCCGAGCUCCCGAGUUUUAUGGCAGAGAUCAUCUUAGUGAUGGUCUGCUCGGCUGGCCUUAUGCUUUUCUCAUUCUUUUUGGGUGAUAUGCUUGCUCCACAAGAGCAAAUAAAGCGUGCACUUGGCAUCACCAACACCCAACUCCCAUGGAUCGUGGGCGCUUUUAACACCGCGAAUGGUCUCUCAGUCGUUAUCUCAGGCUCCCUCUCAGAUUUGGCUCCUCCAAAAAGCCUGAUGGUCGGCGCAUUUGCAUGGCUGGCUGUAUGGAAUGUUGUCGGUGCUUUCUCGCUACAGCCGUCGCGAUAUAUUCUUUUUUUGUCGUGA